AUGCACGAUUCCGUGCCCGUCCUGACCCCCCGCGAAGCCGCAUCCGGUCUCCUAGGCUCGAUAUCACUCACCUGCUGGAUCUUCCUCCUGGUCCCGCAACUAAUCGAAAACUACCGCAACGGCAACGCGGAAGCGAUCUCGCUGCUAUUCCUCUUCGUGUGGUUCGUGGGCGACAUCACCAACCUGAUCGGCGGCGCCUGGGCGGGGCUGGUCCCCGUGAUCGUAGCGAUCGCGGUGUACUUCUGCAUUGCGGACGGGGUGCUCAUCGGGCAGUGUCUGUACUACAAGGUGCGCAACUCGCGGGCGGCGGCCGCCGCAGCCGCGCGCCAUCGUCGCCGACGCUCGUCCCUCGAUACCCCCGAUCCGACGACGCCGCUGCUGGGGAGGCGGUUCAGCGACGCGAUCGAGAACAGUCGCGGGUCUGCGCGCAGGGCGGAUAGCCAUGGCCAGACGGCGGGGGCAGGGGCGGAUGAUACGCUGGCGAAGAUCGUCGAGGAGAAUGAUGUGGGGAGGAAGGCGUGGGUGAAGAACUUGAGUAGCGUACUGGCGAUCUGUGUCAUUGGCAUGGCGGGGUGGACGAUGGCGUGGCGCACGGGCGUGUGGAAGCCUGCGCCCGAGGAGGUCGAUGGCGGCGUGGAUAUGGCGCCCGGGGCCAUGGUCUUGGGGUAUAUCAGUGCUGUUUGCUAUCUGGGGGCGCGUCUUCCGCAGAUCUACAAGAAUUACUGCGACAAGUCGUGUGAGGGCCUCUCCCUCCUGUUCUUCAUCCUCUCGCUGCUGGGGAACCUCACCUACGGCGCAGGUAUCAUCUGCCACUCCACGGAAAGGAACUACAUUGUGACCAAUGUCCCGUGGCUGAUUGGCUCGCUCGGCACGAUGGUCGAGGACAUCACCAUCUUCAUGCAGUUUCGACUGUACGCGACUCGGGACGCGACCGCGGCUGUGUAGGGCGGCGGCGGCGGCGGCGGCUGCUGCUGCUGCUGCUGCUGUAGCACGCGCGCGCACGCGUCCUUCUUACUGCGGGUCUCAAAAAUUGCUGGUGAUUUAGCGUGUCAUCUCUUAGCUGGUGAUUGUACUUGUAUGGCGGGCGGUUUUAUCAUAAAAGUUCUUGCAUUGCUGGGUGGAUAUGGAUACG